UUUCCAGCGGAUGGAUAUUUUCAAUGUGACGCAAUGAACGUCACGAUAUUGUAUAAAUACAGUAAGCGCUGGUGUUGAAAAGUAGAUUCAGCAAAGGAUCGAAGAAACGCGUUAUAGAAAAUUUUACUGAGUGUGAAAGAAAAAUAAUUGAUCAAAAUGCAGAUCUUUGUCAAGACACUGACUGGCAAGACCAUCACCCUGGAGGUGGAGCCCAGCGACACCAUUGAGAACGUGAAGGCCAAGAUCCAGGACAAGGAAGGCAUUCCCCCAGACCAGCAGAGGCUGAUCUUUGCCGGCAAGCAGCUGGAAGAUGGCCGCACCCUGUCCGACUACAACAUCCAGAAGGAGUCCACCCUGCACUUGGUGCUGCGACAGGGUGGCAUGCAGAUCUUCGUCAAGACCCUCACAGGCAAGACCAUCACCCUGGAGGUGGAGCCCAGCGACACCAUUGAGAACGUGAAGGCCAAGAUCCAGGACAAAGAGGGCAUUCCCCCAGACCAGCAGAGGCUGAUCUUUGCCGGCAAGCAGCUGGAAGAUGGCCGCACCCUGUCCGACUACAACAUCCAGAAGGAGUCCACCCUGCACUUGGUGCUGCGACUCAGGGGCGGCAUGCAGAUCUUCGUCAAGACCCUCACAGGCAAGACCAUCACCCUGGAGGUGGAGCCCAGCGACACCAUUGAGAACGUGAAGGCCAAGAUCCAGGACAAAGAGGGCAUUCCCCCAGACCAGCAGAGGCUGAUCUUUGCCGGCAAGCAGCUGGAAGAUGGCCGCACCCUGUCCGACUACAACAUCCAGAAGGAGUCCACCCUGCACUUGGUGCUGCGACUCAGGGGCGGCAUGCAGAUCUUCGUCAAGACCCUCACAGGCAAGACCAUCACCCUGGAGGUGGAGCCCAGCGACACCAUUGAGAACGUGAAGGCCAAGAUCCAGGACAAAGAGGGCAUUCCCCCAGACCAGCAGAGGCUGAUCUUUGCCGGCAAGCAGCUGGAAGAUGGCCGCACCCUGUCCGACUACAACAUCCAGAAGGAGUCCACCCUGCACUUGGUGCUGCGACUCAGGGGCGGCAUGCAGAUCUUCGUCAAGACCCUCACAGGCAAGACCAUCACCCUGGAGGUGGAGCCCAGCGACACCAUUGAGAACGUGAAGGCCAAGAUCCAGGACAAGGAAGGCAUUCCCCCAGACCAGCAGAGGCUGAUCUUUGCCGGCAAGCAGCUGGAAGAUGGCCGCACCCUGUCCGACUACAACAUCCAGAAGGAGUCCACCCUGCACUUGGUGCUGCGACUCAGGGGCGGCAUGCAGAUCUUCGUCAAGACCCUCACAGGCAAGACCAUCACCCUGGAGGUGGAGCCCAGCGACACCAUUGAGAACGUGAAGGCCAAGAUCCAGGACAAAGAGGGCAUUCCCCCAGACCAGCAGAGGCUGAUCUUUGCCGGCAAGCAGCUGGAAGAUGGCCGCACCCUGUCCGACUACAACAUCCAGAAGGAGUCCACCCUGCACUUGGUGCUGCGACUCAGGGGCGGCAUGCAGAUCUUCGUCAAGACCCUCACAGGCAAGACCAUCACCCUGGAGGUGGAGCCCAGCGACACCAUUGAGAACGUGAAGGCCAAGAUCCAGGACAAAGAGGGCAUUCCCCCAGACCAGCAGAGGCUGAUCUUUGCCGGCAAGCAGCUGGAAGAUGGCCGCACCCUGUCCGACUACAACAUCCAGAAGGAGUCCACCCUGCACUUGGUGCUGCGACUCAGGGGCGGCAUGCAGAUCUUCGUCAAGACCCUCACAGGCAAGACCAUCACCCUGGAGGUGGAGCCCAGCGACACCAUUGAGAACGUGAAGGCCAAGAUCCAGGACAAAGAGGGCAUUCCCCCAGACCAGCAGAGGCUGAUCUUUGCCGGCAAGCAGCUGGAAGAUGGCCGCACCCUGUCCGACUACAACAUCCAGAAGGAGUCCACCCUGCACUUGGUGCUGCGACUCAGGGGCGGCAUGCAGAUCUUCGUCAAGACCCUCACAGGCAAGACCAUCACCCUGGAGGUGGAGCCCAGCGACACCAUUGAGAACGUGAAGGCCAAGAUCCAGGACAAAGAGGGCAUUCCCCCAGACCAGCAGAGGCUGAUCUUUGCCGGCAAGCAGCUGGAAGAUGGCCGCACCCUGUCCGACUACAACAUCCAGAAGGAGUCCACCCUGCACUUGGUGCUGCGACUCAGGGGCGGCAUGCAGAUCUUCGUCAAGACCCUCACAGGCAAGACCAUCACCCUGGAGGUGGAGCCCAGCGACACCAUUGAGAACGUGAAGGCCAAGAUCCAGGACAAGGAAGGCAUUCCCCCAGACCAGCAGAGGUUGAUCUUUGCCGGCAAGCAGCUGGAAGAUGGCCGCACCCUCUCCGACUACAACAUCCAGAAGGAGUCCACCCUGCACUUGGUGCUUCGUCUCCGAGGGGGACAGUAGAUUUACCCUUCUCCAGUUCAUUGUGUUUUGUUACUGACCAUUUAUUUUUAUUUUUCACCUGUUAAAUAAAAAACAUUCAUGUAAAAUAAUUUCUUGUCUUUAUUUUAUAAUUAUGUUUAUUGUAGCUGCACAAUACAGUGCUGUCGGAGUAUAAAGUUCCCCACUACACCAGUCAAACUUAAGACUACCUGCUUUCUUAAGACUUAAUUAACUUUUUCUUUUAAAGAUGUUUAAUACGUCAAAUAAAAUAAAUUGAUGUAAAAUAAAA